AUGGGGAGCAACUACUUUGGUGAUCAUCACCAUCAUCACCAACACCAUCAUAACCAUAGGAAUUAUUACGGAGAAGGUGGAGUUGGACUGACGUCGUCGUCGUCUUCUUCGUCUCGAAAGGGGAAGAAAAACGGGUCGGAUAAGCCGAAGCAGCCACAGAGAGGUCUUGGGGUUGCUCAGCUUGAGAAGAUUAGGUUGCACAGUCAACUCGGUUGCGCUUAUUUGCCUUCUCUUCACAAUAAUAACCCUUAUGCUCCAUCUAAUUACAUUCAGCAGGAGGAUAUGAGGCUCCAAACCCCUCAUUCUUCAUCCCCACCUUCCUACAGUGGCUUUCAGGGACACAUGAUGGGGUUGCCGGAGAUAGAUAGGUCGAACAUCCCAUACGGAGAUUCGCAACCGAGCAACAUUGCUAGAUGGCAUCAGGGCAAUGGGGGCUUCAGAACUCAACAGUACUUUGUCGAGCCGAGCAUGACUAGGUCUUUUUUCGACCCCAAAAUCCAGGGCAACAAGAACAAGAGAGAGUUCAUGGACUGGAUGGGCUCGGGCGAUGGCAACUCGGUCGAAUGCAGUAGCUCCCAAGACAUAGAUUUGGAACUCAGACUUUCACUCUGA